CAGCCUGGUAUCCGUACUGGAGAUGCAGAAGCCGUGUAGCAGAAAGCUUUGAGCAGUUGUGGAUUAUCAGUUUCUCCGAACAGCAAUAAAAAGUGAAGAAUGAAGGCGACUGGAUUUAUUUCCCUAUGGACGUUGGUUUCACUGCCUUGUGGCCAGUUAGCAAAUCCUGCGGAACAUGAAGAUGUAGUAAAGCAUGCAAUAAAGCUGCACCGAGGGAAAGGAGCUGUUAUCGCCCAAAGAAAGCAGUGGGUGUUGGAGAGCUGCAGAAAGCUAUCGGGUCUUCUGCGCCAAAAGAACGUUGUUCUCAACAAACUAAAAAAUGCUAUAAGAGCAGUUGAGAAGGACGCAGGACUGUCAGAUGAAGAGAAACUUUUUCAGGUGCAUACCUUCGAAAUUUUCCAAAAAGAGCUAAAUGAAAGUGAAAACUCGGUCUUUCAAGCGAUCCAUGGCCUCCAGAGAGCUCUACAGGGUGACUACAAAGAUGUUGUAAAUAUGAAAGAAAGCAGUAGGCAGAGGCUGGAAGCCUUGAGAGAAGCUGCAAUUAAGGAAGAAAUGGAAUACGUCGAACUCCUAGCAGCAGAAAAACAUCAGGUUGAAGCCCUUAAGAACAUGCAGCAUCAAAACAAAAGCCUGUCAAUGCUUGAUGAAAUUCUAGAAGAUGUCAGGAAGGCAGCUGAUAGAUUGGAAGAGGAAAUAGAAGAACAUGCCUUUGAUGACAACAAAUCUGUAAGAGGUGUCAACUUUGAAGCGGUUUUAAGGGUGGAAGAAGAUGAAGCCAACUCCAAAAGAAAUGCUUCAAAAAGAGAAGUAGAGGAUGACUUAGGUCUUAGUAUGCUUAUUGAUUCCCAGAACAAUCAGUAUAUCCUUACCAAGCCCAGAGAUUCAACCAUUCCUCGUGCUGAUCAUCAUUUCAUAAAGGAUAUUGUGACAAUAGGAAUGUUGUCUUUGCCGUGUGGCUGGCUGUGCACAACAAUAGGAUUGCCAACCAUGUUUGGGUAUAUCAUCUGUGGAGUACUCUUAGGACCAUCAGGACUAAAUAGUAUCAAGUCUAUUGUACAGGUGGAGACAUUAGGAGAGUUUGGUGUAUUCUUCACUCUCUUUCUAGUUGGUCUGGAAUUUUCUCCUGAAAGAUUAAGAAAGGUAUGGAAAAUAUCUUUGCAAGGGCCCUGCUACAUGACAGUUCUGAUGAUUGCCUUUGGUUUACUAUGGGGACACUUGCUCCAAAUUAGACCAACACAAAGUGUCUUCAUUUCCACUUGUUUAUCUUUAUCAAGCACGCCAUUGGUGUCAAGAUUUCUUGCAGGUAGUGUUCGAGGUGAUAAAGAAGGGGAUAUUGACUACAGCAGCGUACUACUUGGCAUGUUGGUGAUGCAGGAUGUGCAGCUUGGUUUAUUUAUAGCUGUCAUGCCUACACUUAUUCAAGCAGGAGUGAGCACAUAUUCCAGCAUUUUCAAGGAAAUACUGAGAAUACUGAUACUGAUUGGCCAAAUUCUCUUUUCUCUGGCUGCUGUUUUUCUUAUAUGUCUUGUUAUAAAGACUUAUCUCAUAGGACCGUAUUAUCGCAAGUUGCAUGCAGAAAGCAAAGGGAAUAAGGAAAUCCUCAUUCUGGGAAUAACUGCAUUCAUCUUCCUUAUGUUAACGAUCACAGAGCUGUUGGAUGUUUCAAUGGAGCUGGGAUGCUUCUUAGCUGGAGCUCUGAUCUCUUCUCAAGGUCACAUGGUUACUGAGGAGAUUAUGUCCUGUAUUGAACCAAUACGUGACUUUCUUGCCAUCAUUUUCUUUGCAUCCAUAGGACUUCAUGUUUUCCCCACAUUUGUAAUAUAUGAACUCACAGUCUUACUCUUCCUUACGUUGUCUGUGGUCAUAAUGAAGUUUGUCUUGGCAGUGCUUGUCCUUUCUCUGAUUCUUCCGAAGACCAGCCAGUAUAUCAAGUGGAUUGUCUCAGCAGGACUGGCACAAGUCAGUGAAUUCUCUUUUGUUCUGGGAAGUAGAGCACGCAGAGCAGGGAUCAUAUCUCGGGAGGUCUAUCUUCUUAUUCUGAGUGUGACUACUCUAAGCCUUUUACUCGCCCCUGCCCUGUGGAGAGCCGCGAUCAUGAAAUGUGUUCCGAGACCUGAAAGACGCUCAAGUACUUGAUUAAGAUUUGCACCUAUCCAAGAAUACAUCUUCUUGCAAGGAAUAUCUUCAUUGCUCAUUGUAUUUCUAUGCACUCAGAAAACAAGAGGUUUUGAGUAGUCAGUCCUCUUAACGUGCACUUGGUUAUAAGCCUUAUACUGACCUUAAAACAAAACAAAAUUCAACAUUAAAAAAUAAUUAUAUAAUUUGAAUUGCACACCUUUUACAAAAUUUACUUUCUGUCUGACAGAAUCUGCCAGAAUAUUUGUUCCAGAUCCAAUCAAUUAUUCAGAGCAUAUUUUUUUUUAAAUAUAGCAUCAUGCACACU